GACGAUGAGGCGGACUGGGGAAAGGGGCGACCGUCCCCGAGCGGGGCUGUGGCGGACAGGGUGCUGAAGCGAUUGGCGCUGGGUCUGUGCUGGGAGGGACCACGGAGAUCGCCUACCUCCUCGGGAUGUCACCUUGGGGGCGGUGACAGUUGAGUCUUACCCCCGCAAGAGCACAUUGGAUGGGCUGGGGAACUACCUCGAGCCGUUUCAUUGCGGAGGACUGAAUAGCAAGAGGACGCUUCUUGCUAAUUUAAGUUUCUUGCGUUCAGCAUGCAGCGAGGGGCCCCCUCAACCCCCCAGGCAGUCUGCCUGGGGUCCGGCUGUUAGUACCCAGCAUGUCGGAACCGCAGGGGUCUUUCCACCGGUCAUCGCCGCUGAAGGGUGUAGCCCAGGGCAUCAGCCAGCUAAUGGAGAAGCUCGACACUAAUGAGCUCUGCCUCGAAGAAGAUGAGCCCGACAUUGAUGCAGGGAACGAGGUCAGAGCGUCUGAUGGCGCCCAGAUCCCGUUCUCGGCUGUCUACCAGACCAACGGCUUCAAGGAGCCCGAGAUCCAGGUCUACAUCCCUGGUUCGUCCAUCAAGGCUCAUGUGGUGGACGUGGAACGUUUCACCUCUACCAAGAAGGUCCCAAUUCCAAACAUCUACACCAUCGAGCUCAGUCAUGGAGAGUUCUGCUGGAAGGUCAAGAGGAAGUUCAAGCACUUCCAGGAACUCCACCGGGAGCUUCUCCGCUACAAGGCCCUGCUCCGUCUGCCGAUCCCUACUCGGAGUUUCACGGUACGAAGGCAGACGAUAAAGCGAGGGGAGCCCCGGACCAUGCCAACUUUACCCCGCAGCUCCGAUCACAUUGUGAGGGAAGAGCAAAUCUCCAGCCGCCGGAAACAGCUGGAGGAUUACCUGACCAAGCUACUGAAGAUACCCUUGUAUCGGAACUAUCACGCUAUGAUGGAGUUCAUUGGAGUUAGCCAGGUCUCUUUCAUUCAUCACCUCGGACCCAAGGGCCUGGAAGGUUUUGUGAUGAAGCGUUCCGGGGGUCACAGAAUUCCCGGCCUCAACUGUUGUGGGAGGAAUCAGGUGUGUUAUCGCUGGUCCAAGAGGUGGCUGGCGGUGAAGGAUUCCUUCGUCCUCUACAUCAGGCCGGAUUCGGGGGCUGUCACCUUCGUCCUCCUCGUGGACAAAGAGUUCAGCAUCAAGCUGGGCAUCAAAGACACGGAGACAAAGUACGGCAUCAGACUCGAGAACCUCUCCAGAACCCUGAUCAUCAAAUGCAACAGUUACCGUCAUGCUCGGUGGUGGGGUCAGGAGAUCGAGCAGUUCAUGCGUGAGCACGCUGCCAUUUUCCUGAAGGACCAACGAUUCACAUCCUUUGCCUCUGUGGAUGAAGGAAUUCUUUCCAAAUGGUACAUCAACGCCAAAAACUACUUUGAGGACGUGGCGGACGCUAUGGAGAGUGCCCAGGAGGAAAUAUUCAUCACCGACUGGUGGUUGAGUCCAGAGAUCUUCCUCAAGAGGCCAGUGAUGGAGGGAAACCACUGGAGGCUGGACUGCAUCCUCAAACGCAAAGCACAACAAGGGGUGAAGGUGUUUGUGAUGCUGUACAAGGAGGUGGAGCUUGCUCUGGGGAUCAACAGUGAGUACAGCAAGAGGACUUUGAUGCGUCUUCACCCCAACAUUAAGGUGAUGAGGCACCCCGACCACGUGUCCUCCACGGUCUACCUGUGGGCACACCACGAGAAGCUGGUGGUUAUCGACCAGUCUGUGGCCUUUGUCGGAGGCAUUGACCUGGCUUAUGGGAGGUGGGAUGACGAUGAACACCGGCUGACCGACGUGGGCAGCGUGACGCGGGGUAUGAAUGCAUCGUCCGCCACGACCGCCAACCAAGGGUCGGAAUCCGUGCCCAGCGAGGAGGGGGAGGCCCAGGCGAGCUUGGCAAAGGUCAUGCUGGCAAGGGGCGGCGAUGACGUGCAGGAGACGGCAGAGGAGGAGGCGGCGGCCAGGAUGAGGGGCAUUGGCAGGCCAAAGAGGACCCUCAACUUGGUUAAGCGGCUGCAGAGGCAGAACCUGGAACACAGUGACAGCGUGAGCAGCGUGGACAGCUCCGAGCACGAUUGGUUUAACAGCAAGCAGAAUUUGUUGAGGGACAGGUUGCCCCACCUGAAGAGGUUGCGCCACCGGUCCAGUGACCCUGAGCUGCCCCCCUUGGACGACGAAAGGGGCUCAGUGCACAGUCUACACACCAGCGUUGGAGAGCUGGUUGGACAGACCAGGUUCUGGCACGGGAAGGAUUACUGCAACUUUGUCUACAAGGACUGGGUUCAGCUGGAUAAGCCCUUUGAUGACUUCAUCGACCGCUACACCACGCCCCGGAUGCCCUGGCACGACAUCGCUUCAGUGGUCCAUGGGAGGGCUGCCCGCAACGUGGCUCGGCACUUCAUCCAGCGCUGGAACUUUACCAAGAUUGUCAAGGCCAAGUACCGACCUCUGUCCUACCCGUACCUCCUGCCCAAGAGUAUCUCCACCGCCGAUGAGUUAACCUAUCAGGUGCCAGGGUCGAUUCCAGCGCGAGUCCAGGUGUUGAGAUCAGCCGCAGACUGGUCAUGUGGGAUCAAAUAUCACGAAGAAUCCAUUCACAAAGCUUACGUUAACGUGAUUCAGAACAGCAAACACUACAUCUACAUAGAGAACCAAUUCUUCAUCAGCUGUGCUGACAAUAAGAACGUCUUUAAUGAGAUCGGUGAUGCCAUUGUGGAUCGGAUACUGAAAGCCUACAGGGAGAAGCAGCGGUACCGUGUGUACCUGGUGACUCCGCUGAUGCCCGGCUUCGAAGGAGACAUAACGACAGGGGGAGGGGCAGCCAUUCAAGCCGUGAUGCACUUUAACUAUAGGACCAUUGCGAGAGGAGAGUACUCCAUCAUCGAGCGACUCCGGAAAGAGAUGGAUGACAUGUGGAUGAAUUACUUCUCAGUGUGUGGGCUGCGGACCCACGCAGAGCUGGACGGAAAGCUGGUGACGGAACUCAUCUAUGUCCACAGCAAGCUGAUGAUUGCGGACGACGAGAAGGUCAUCAUUGGCUCGGCCAAUAUUAAUGACCGGAGCAUGCUGGGGAAGAGAGACAGCGAAAUGGCGGUGAUAGUGGAGGACACGACUCGGAUUCCCUCGGUAAUGGAUGGGGUCGAGUACCAGGCUGGGAAGUUCGCUCUCAGCCUCAGGCUGCACUGCUUCAAGCUCAUCCUGGGGGGCUUCAAUGACCCUUCAAUUGACGUACAAGAUCCCAUCAGUGAAAAGUUCUUCAAGGAAGUCUGGAUUCCAACCAGCGCGAGGAAUGCGACGAUCUAUGAAAAGAUUUUCAGAUGCCUUCCCUCGGAUCACGUGAAGAACAACAGUGACCUAGUGGCCUUCAACGCUAAGCAGGGUCUGGAGGUCGAGGACCCGGCCAAAGCUGUGGAAGAGCUAAAGAAGAUCCACGGCUUCCUCGUCCAGUUCCCCUUCUACUUCCUGUCUGAGGAGAACUUGCUCCCGCCGCUCAGCACCAAGGAGCGGAUGGUGCCGAUGGAGGUGUGGACAUGAAGGGCGAGUGGAGGAGAGUAGGAUAAAGGGAAGAGGCUGGUCACUCUGGACACAGUAUCUACAGGGGGAACCAGGUGUCCAAUAGUCAAGGCCAGAGACCUGUCAAGUUUUCAGAGAACUAACAGACAAAUAAAAACUCAGGAGGGUCAGACUCUAGUAUCAACAAUUACAGGACACACUAGCUCCAUCAACGGAGAAUUUCUGAUUUUCCUUCCCGGGCUAUACCAACCUCUGAGAUAUCAGCACACUCUAUAAAUUUGGUGUUUUUAUUUCAAUUACAUCCUGCAUUAUAGAAUACAGAACAGUACAGUGCAGUACAGGCCCUUCACCCCACACUAUUGUGCCGACCCUUUAACCCUGCCCCACAAUCAAUUUCACCCACAUAGCCUUCCGUUGUUCCAUCAUCCAUGUGCCUGCCUGCGAAUCUCGACCUCAGUGUGUUUAGGUGCUGCCAUGGAAGGGGUUAAUGUGUGUUAACAUCAUGUCUUCCUGGUACAAAACGCAAAAUGGGACCAUUAGACAUAGCAGCAAAAUUAGGCCAUUCGGCCCAUCGAGUCUGCUCUGCCAUUUCACCAUGGCUGAUCUAUUACCCCUCUCAACACCAUUUUCAAGCCUUUUCCCUGACCAUUCAAAACCUAUCAAUGUCUAAAUAUAUGUUAUGGCCUGGCCUCUACACCCAUCUCCAGCAAUGAAUUCCGCAGAUUCACCAGCCAUCCCCAGCAAUUAAUACCACAGAUUCACUACCUUCUGGCUAAAGAAAUUACUCCUCAUCUUUGUUCUAAAUUGACAUACAGUACCUCUAUUCUGAGGCUGUGCCCCUGGUCCUAGACUCCCCCACUAUAGAAAACAUCCUCUCCAGAUCCCCUCUAUCUAGGCCUUUCAAUAUUCGAUAGGUGUCAAUUAGAUCCCCCACCCCUAUUCUUCUGAACUCCAAUGAGAACAGGCUGUAGAGCUAUCAAGCACUCCUCAUACCUUAACCCGUUCAUUCACGGAAACAAUCUUGUAAACCUCCACUGGACCCUCCCCAACAACUAUCUGUUUACCUUCUAAGUCUGCCCCCUAACCACCCCUCCAAAUCUCUUCCCAGGAAGUGGCCUCUGCUAUUCUACCCCUCUAGUGUAAUAUCAUGACAGGUCAGUACACACAAUCAGAAACUCCCCUGAUCUCAGAUUCAGAAUUAACAACAGAGUCAUCUUGGGGAAGAGAGCUCCUAGCUCCUGUCAUCCUCUGUAACAAAAUUCAAAGUAAAUUUAUUAUAAAAUAUGUGUAUGUCACCAAAUACUACCCUGAGAUUCAUUCUCCCCCAGGCAUUCACAGUAGAACAAAGAAACACAAUAGAAUCAACGUAAAACCACACACAAAUGCUGACGAACAACUAAUGUGCAAAAGAAGACAAACUCUGCAAAUAAAAAAGAAAUAAUAAUAAUAAUAAUAAUAAAUAAGUAAAUAAAUAACACUGAGAACAUGAGUUGUAGAGACCUUGAAAAUAAGUCCAUAGAUUAUGCAAUCAGUUCCCUGAUGGGGUGAGUGAAGUUAUUCACUCUGGUUCAGCAGCCGAAUGGUUAAAGGGUAAUAUCUGUUCCUGAACCUGGUGGUGUGUGACCUAAAUUGCCUCCUAUCCAGCCCCCUUGUCCCAAACCCCCCCCCCCCAAAUAUUGGAACCAUCAGUUUCUCUCAAUACAUUACUCCUCACCAUCUGAAAGCCAUGCUGGAGAUAUUUGGCUGAUCGAGCAGCGUCCGAGAAGCAAUGGUUUAGCUCGAUAGUGAAAACAGAAAUCAAGUUCAUCGGAAGUUGACGAGAAAGGGUGAGGGGGGGUGUACGGUGCUAGUAGAAACAGAUACAUUAGGGGCUUUUAAACAUAGAACAGUAUAGCACAAGGAGAGACCCUUCAGCCCACAAUGUUGUACCAAGCCAACCAAACAAAUUGCCCCUGCCUACACAAUAUCCAUAUCCUUUCAUUUCCCUCACAUUCAUGUGCCUGGCUAUUAAAAAUCAAUGUACCUGGCUCUAUCACCACCCAGGCAGUGCAUUCCUGGUGCCUACCAAUCUCUGUGUAAAAAAAACUUGCCCCUCACAUCUACUUCGAAAUUAACCCCCCCUCACCUUGAAUACAUGCCCUCUGGUAUCAGACAUUUCACCCCUGGGAAAAGAUACUCUCUAUCUACGCCUCUCGUAAUCUUAUAAACCUCUAUCAGAUCUCCCCUCAGCCUCCACUGCCUCGGAGAAAACAACCCAAGUUUACCAGCCUCUCAUGAUAGCACCUGCCCCCUAAUCCAGGCAGUAUCCUGGUGAGCCUCUUCUGCACCCUCUCCAAAGACCUGAUAUUCUUCCUAUAAUGGGAUGACCAGAAUGAUAUGCAAUACCUGUACUCCCGAUGUGGCCUAACUAGAGUUUUGUAAACCUGCAACAUAACUUUUCGACGUUUGAACGCAAUGACUCAAUUAAUAUAAGGCGAACAAGUCAUAUAACUUCUUAACCACCCUAUCAACCUGUGUAGCCACUUUCAGGAAGUUCUGAACUUGGACCACAAGACCUCUGUGCUCAUCAACACUGUCAAGGGUCUUGUCCUUAAGUGUCAUGUACUUUCUAUUUACAUUUAACCUUCCAAGGUCAGCAUCACAUUCGUCAGCAUUAAGAAGCUUAAAUAGGCAUGUGGAUGAUAGAAAAAUGGAGGGUUGUGGAGAAGGGAAGGUUUUGAUUGAUAUUGGUUAAAAGAUUAGCACAACAUAGUGGGCUGAAGGGUUUGUGCUGUGCUGUACUGUUUUAUAACUCUAGAAACUCUGCAGGUGCUGGAAAUCCAGAGCCACACGCUUAAAAUGCUGGAGGAACUCAGCAAGUCAGGCAGCAUUUGUGAAAAUGAAUAAACAGUUGAUGUUUCGGGCUGAGACCCUUCUUCAGGUCUGGAAAGGAAGGGGCAAGUAGCCAGAACGAAAAGGUUGGGGGAAGAGAAGGAGAACCAACUAUGAGGUGAUACAUGAAGCCAAGUGGGUGGGAAAGGUGAAGGCCAGGAGAAGAAGGAAUCUGUUAGGAAAAGAAAGUGGACCAUAGAGGAAAGGGAGGGAGGAGGGGACCCGAGGAAGUGAUAGGCAGCUGAGGAGAGGUAAGAGGCUGAAGUGAAGAAUAGAAGAAUAGAGAAAGGGACAGAAAAACAAUUUUACCAGAAUUUUACUCCCAGUUUUGAGUAAUCAUCAGUAUUUUUACAAGAAGGCUGUGGAUUUUUUGCUUUGCAUCUCUGCCUCCUAAUCUCCUCCCACCUCGAAGCUCAGAAUAGGGCUUCUGCUUUGGGAAUCUGAUGAGGCAUUUCAGGCAAUGUGGCAUGCCUGAGGAAGUCAACAGAUUACUGGAGAAAGAGGGAAUCGGGGACGUGAGAAGCUAUAGACAAUGGAAUCUGGAGCAACACCUUCUGCUAGAGAAACUCAGCAGGUCGAACUCUGUCUGUGGGGGGGAAUGGAGGCAGAAGGGCUGUAGGAACUGCUGGCAUUUUGUGCUGAAAACCUACCUCAAAUCAGAUCAAAGUUCGUACACAACCUGGACUUUCAUUUUCUUGCGAGCAUUCACACUAAAUAGAGAGAAACACAAGGGGAUGAAUGAAAGACCAAAGCAAGAUGGAUGGACAAACAACCAGUGUACAAAAGACAACAAAUUAUGCAGAAAUUUUAAAAAAGCAAACUACUUAAUGGUAAAUAAAUAAACAAUAAAUAUUGAGGACGUAAGAUGAAGAAUCCUUGAAAGUGAGUCUGGAGGUUUCAGUGACAGUGUGAGUGAAGUUGGUUCAGGAGCCUAUGGGCGGAGGAGUGAUAACUGUUCCUGAACUCGAUGGUGUAGGUUCCUCCUUCCUGAUGGCAGCAGUGAGUAGAGAGCAUGGCCUGGAUGGUGGAAGCUGCUUUACUGCUACUGUGCUCUGCAGAUGUACUCAAUGGUGCUUGGGUUCCAAGGACCCCUGAAAGGUUGACAGCUCUUUCCCUCACAUAGAUGCCCCUUGACCCAUUGAGUUCCUGCCCCACCCAGAGAGUUGGGCCUGUUCUUAACCGGCAGGCAGGAGCAAAUAUAUCUAAGGAUGGGAUUAUAGAAAUACAAGGCAUCGAGGGUUAGGGGAGAGAGUGGGAAUAUGGUUACACAAAAUGCUGGAGGAACUUAGCAGGUCAGGGUGCAUCUAUGGAGGGGAAUAGACAGCAGAUGUUUGGGCUGAGAUCCUUCAUCAGGCCUCAGUCUGAAACAUCACGUUCAGUACGGUAACCAAAAGUGUUCCCGAGCACCUUGGCGGCAGUGGUGAUAUAAUUCAAGGGUACUGUCAUCUGGCUAUACAUAUAUACAACCAAACGAAACAAUGUUCCUCCAGACCAUGGUGCACCCACAAAAUGUAUAUCACACACAACACAUAAAACAAAAUAUUACCAUGAAUAAGUUAAUAAAUAUAAUUCAAAAUGCAUGCAGUGCACAGUGCAGGUAAACAGCUCACUGUCCUCGUGACGAGACCUCAGUGGUGACGGGUAUUCAUUAGUCUCACAGCCUGAGGGAAGAGGCUGUUACCCAGUCUGACAGUCCCAGUCCUGAUGCUCCUGUACCUCCUUCCUGACGGUAGUGGGUCAAAGAGAUUGUGGGAUGGGUGGGAGGGAUUCUCGCCUACAACACACCUGGUAAAUGUCACAAAUACAUCCAGAACAAUCAGAACUUGAUUUAUUAUCACUGACUUAUAUAAUAUGGAAACUCUUUCUCCCAUAGUCCACUCGUCUCUCCCAUUAGAUUCCUUCUUCAGCCCUUUACCUCUCUUAGCUUCUCACUUAUUCUCCUGACCCACCUCACCUGGUCUCAACUAUCAACUGCCAGCUCAUAAUUCUCCUGCCCCCACCGCCUUAUUCUGACUUCUUCUCCCUUCCUUUUCCAAUCCUGUCAAAGGGCCGCAGCCUGACACAGCAACUCUUUAUUCUUCUCCAUAGAUGCUGCCUGACCUGCUGAGUUCCUCCGGCAUUUUGUGCGUGUUGCUCUGGAUUUCCAACAUCUGCAGAAUCUCCUGUGUUGAUGGUUAUUGUGAUAGACAGUCAGCCAUAGUGGGGUAGUUUCAAAGGGCUGGAUGUCCUACUCCUAAUUGUUAUAGAUGUUUCUCUAAAUGUAACUUUGGAGGAUUGUGGUAGGGGUGAAUGAAGGUGGAGAUGUUUGGCGGGGGAAUGAGUGCGAUUACCUGUACAGCUGAGGCACAGUCCCAAGGACAGGAUGAUAGGAAGAGGCCAGAAUUGGAGGAGCAUGGAAUUAUUGGAGAAAGGAAGGGUCGAGGAUGAUGGUAAAUCUGGGGAUGUGUAAGAGGCCAGAGGUGACAUUCCCUGAGACCCAGCAUCACUUGGUUCAGAGGAGACCUCACAUUCCAUUCACCAAACCCUUUCCACUGAGCAGAAUUACCUGUAGGAGCAGUAUGUAAGACAAGUUUUUCAUCUUAUCACAGCGUGUGUCAAUAACCGAUUCCAGUUCCACUUCCAAUCCCACCAACAAACGUAGAAAUAAGACAUCGGAGCAGAAUUAGACCAUUCGGCCCCACCAUUCCAUCAUAGCUGACUAUUGUCCUUCUCAAUCCCAUUCUCCUGUCUUCUCCCCAUAAUCUUUCUCCCUUACUAUUCAAGAACCUAUCAACCUUUGAUGACUUGGCCUCCCCAGCUGUCUGUGGCUGUGAAUUCGACAGAUUCACUACCCGCUGGCUAAAGGAAUUCUUCCUCAUCUGUUCUAAAUUUACAUUACUCUAUGCUGAGUCUGUGUCCUCUGGUCCUAGGCUCCCCCACAUCCUCUCUAUGUAGGCCUUAUCAAAUCCAAAAGGUUUCAAUGAGAUCCCCCUGCAUUCUUCUAGACUCCAGUGAGUACUGACCCAGAGCCAUCCAAUGCUCCUCGUUUGUUAACCCUUGUGAACCUCUUCUGGUCCCUCUCCAACAUCCUUUCUUAAAUAAGGGCCCUAAAACUGCUCACAAUACUGUCUGAGCAAUGCCUUAUAAAGCCUCAGCAUUACGUCCUUGCUUUUAUACUCUAGACCUCUCGAAACGAACACUAACAUUGCAUUCCCCUUCUUCAGCUCCGACUCAACCUGCAAGUUAUUCUCUAGGGAAUCCUGCACAAGGACUCCCAAAUCCCUUUGCACCUCUGAUUUCUAAAUUUUCUCCCCAUUUAGAAAGUAGUGCACACUUUUAUUCCUUCAAGGUGCCUGAUGUGUUCAGGGAGCAGGUGCUGGCUUCUGAAUUCCAUUGCCCCCUCCCCCUUUGACCAUUGGGUAACAGGCGGGGGUCUUGAGGUGAGAGGGAAAUUAUGUCAACACACUUGGAGUGGGUUGGGAGGGCCGCCAAGCACAGGGAGAUUCAGACUGAUCCACAAUGCCUGGCUUUGUUCACCCCUCACCAAGAACUCUCCUUAUUGACUCAGUUGUAGAAUACUAUUGGACAGAAAAAGGCCCGACUAGUCUGUGCCAAACUAUUAAUCUGCUGAAUCCCAUCGGCCUGCACACCCUUUCAAAGCCCUCCCAUCCUUGAAUCUAUCCAAAUUUCUCCUAAAUGUUGAAAUCAAGUCCACGUACACCACAUCCACUGGUAGUUGAUAUCACACUCGCACCAUCCUCCGAAUGAAAAAGUUCCCCUUAGGUUUGCCAUGAACAUUUCACCUUUCACCCUUACCCCUUGACCCCUUGGCUUCCAGCCAAGUCCCGGUGUAGAUUUUAACUGAUAUUUCGGUGACAAACUGUGUCAUUUUCAUCAAGGAUUCUGUUUAUGCAUGUCUAAUGCAAUGGUAUAUGUACUCAACCCCCAUAGACCAUCCCUCCUGGGAGCUGAGUGAACACCAUCGGAUAAGACUUGCCUAGGCAUCUUCCCUGAUGAAGGUAUUGAAACAUUGGUUAAGAUCAACACCUGCACCUGGCUGUGCUGAGGAUCCUUGAAGAGGAUAGUUUGGACCCAAAUGCAGGGUUCUUGCUAUGGCAUCGAAGUGGAUCUGAGCACAAAACAAAUGCUAGAUGAUAUCACUAGUAGGUUUACAAUUAGGCAUCGAACCGCAGUUCAGGUGUUCCUUAAAUGCUCAAACCUUGGCGUGCAAAACAUGAUUACAAUUAGCGAAACUGUCUGAAAUCUUUCAAGGGGCCGCACUCUGGGAGGUUAGAGUGUCUAAACCUCGGAAGCUGGCAUGGAUGGGUGUGUGUUGUAACACCGGCUGGAAGCCCAGGAAGAGAUUAUCUGUCAUACACACCAGUGUGUUACCUGGUGCACUGGUGUGUUACCUUUCCCUAUCACUCAGCUCCUCAAGUCCCAGCAACGUUCUUGUAAAUUUUCAAUCUUAUUGAUACCUUUCCAAAAGUGCACACAAUACUCACUCUUGUCUUACACAAUUUCAACUUAACAUCCCAGAUCCUGUACCUAGUACAUUGAUGAUAAGAAGGCCAAAAGCUUUAUGACCCUAUCUACUGACGUUCCGCCUAUCACAAUCUGUGCUAUUUAAUUAGUAUCAUCUCAUAACACUAAUAAUUCUGAUUUUAUUAUUUGAAACACAUAAUGAAAUGCAUCAUUUGCAUUAGCUACCAACACAACCUUACAAACUCUGCAAAUUAUUCCAGACUUCCUUAACCCUCUGCAGUCCUGGGGAAGGUGCUCCCACGGCACUGUUGAGGAGGGAGUUCCAGGGUUAAGACCCAGUGGCGGUGAAGAAAUGUCGAUGUAUUUCCAAGUCACGUUGGUGUGUGGCUCAAGGGGAGCCUGUAGGUGGUGGUGCUCGUGUCUUCUUGGCGGUCUCUGCAGCUAAUCAGAUCCCGAUUCAUUCAUUUAUCAAGUCUGCAUCGAAACACAUUGAAAUGCAUUGUUGGCGUUAAAAACCAACACGUCUUAAGGAUGUACUGGGGGCAGCCACGCAUUCCAGUGCCAGCAUCACAUGUCCACAUUGUUUGACAGAACAACACAGAACACAACUCAACAACCAGCAAAGGAACAAGAACCCAACAAGUCCCCAUUCCCACUUUCUGCCACCCACUCACACAGUCCUCUAACCCCAGGGCUGGCCACCUCCAGAGGACUCCGACGGAGUCACUGGGCUUUCAACUUCCCCAGAGAUCUGGUGACGGGGUUCUGGACAUGGAGAAGCAGAGCCUGUGAUGGGGCUCGAAUGAGGCAGUGGCUCUGCCCACUGUGUCGGUGGAACUGUACACCAUUAGUGUACUGUGGAUCAUUUAGAAAGGAAAGGAGGAGAUCCAGGGGGUAGUGAAGGCAGCAGAAAGAGGAGUGGAAAAGUAGAGCAGAGGGGAGGAGAAUUUACCAGGUUGGAGGCUACCCAGGUGGAAAGUGAGGACAAUAGUACCUCCAGCCUGAGAGUGGCCUCAUCAGGAACGUGGAGGAGGUCAUGGACUGACACGUCAGAAUGGAAUUGAAAUGGUUGACCACCCUCCUUCCCUUUCAUGCCCCACCUCAGUGUAACUCCACAACGUUCAUGUUAGGCAAAUAUUGCAAGGCCAGUGUAAUUGCCCUGUGCUGGGGUGAUCGUGCAUCAGUGGUAUCAGGAGGAUGCCUGGUGUAACUGUGCAGGAGAUCACCACCUAAUUCUGCAACAAUCACUGUGGAUGCAAUCCCCCAUUUUAAUUCCAAUCCCCAUGUCGGUCCACGAGGAGGCCACACUCAGGCUGCGGGAUCGACACCUCGUGUUCCACCUGACUGGCCUCUGACCUGAUGGCAAGAAUGUUGCUUUCUCUCCAACUUCUCCCCCCACCACUUUUAUCAAAUCCCCAUUCUGGCUCCCCUCUCACCCCUUCUCCUCACCUGCCUCUGCUCCCCUUUCCCCUAUGAUCUUCUCUCCUCUCCUGUCAGAUCCCUUUUUCUCCAGCCAUUUACCUUUUCCAACCAUCUCCUCCCAGCUUCUCACUUCAACCCCCUUCCCCCCAUCCACCCACGUUCCCCCUCACCUGGUCUCACCUAUCACCUGCCUGGUUCACUUCAUCCCCCUUCCCCAUCCUCCCACGUUCCCCCUCACCUGGUCUCACCUAUCACCUGCCUGGUUCACUUCAUCCCCCUUCCCCACCCACCCAUGUUCCCCCUCACCUGGUCUCACCUAUCACCUGCCUGGUUCACUUCAUCCCCCUUCCCCACCCACCCACGUUCACCCUCACCUGGUCUCACCUAUCACGGGCCAGCUUGUACUCCUUCCUCUCCCCACCUUAUGAUUCUGGCUCCUUCCCCCUUCCUUUCCAGUCCUGAUGAAGCCUCUCAGCCGGAAACACUGACUGUUUAUACCCUCCAUAGAUGCUGCCUGACUCACUGUUUCUCCAGUACUUCGAGUGCAUUGCUGCUAAGGUGAUGGCGGUGGUGUAAUUGUGAACUAUGUGUAACCGUAGUACUGGUGUUAUUGUGCACUACCAUGUAAUUGUGAACUAUCUGUGUAACGGCACGUCAUUGGUGUAGAUACCACCAGCUGCUGGGUUGUGUCGGAGACAUACUCACGCAUGCAUGGUCAAACCCCGGAUACGGGCUGUGUGCAGUGCUGGAGAGUGAGAGAGGCAUCGGGAUUGUGCCAGGGCUUCGUUCCAGUGACCAGCCGCUUGCGGGAUUUAACCUCUCAAGUACUGCAAUAAGAGUGCAGCACAGAAAGGGAAGGUUGUCCCUUCCAGUGGCAUCCGGGGAGAAACCUUGGAGGCUAAAAUCUGUACAGAACAGCAGCUAAAGUCCUGUAAAUAAUACUAAUUAAUUAAAUGAUUUUUAAAUAUGCUGGAUUCAAAGAUCAAA